CUCACAAGGAUGCCGCUAGAUAUCGCUGUGUGCAACCUAACGGUAACUGGUAGUCAGUUCAGGUACGAUGCUGGAGAACAGCUGUAGUUCUGGAACGUGAACUUAUAUCCCGGAUGUAUCAACAAUGAGGCACGUCGUAGCGUCGGGAUGCGCGUUUCUUCUGUUUUUGUGUGUUUCGGUUCCAGACUUAUCAGAAGCACUGCUACGCCGCUGCUAUUCCUGCCGUUCACGUGGUGACCUGGGCACUUGUAAGGAUCCGUUCGCACUGAACCUCACUCUGGCGGAGCAAGAGAGGGGAGUCGAGGCAAUGCCUUGUGCCUCAGGAUGGUGUGGCAAAUUUCUAGAAGGGGGCAAUUCCUUCAAGGAUGACGAGUACGGGGUAGCAACUCAACGCAUGUGCCUACAGCGUGGUCCAUCAGACAAUGAGGAAAGGUGCGACUACAUCACGUGGAACCACAAGAAGGUGUACAUGUGUUUCUGUCAGGGGGACCUCUGCAAUGCGGCACCAUCAGUCGAGAAGGCGAUGCUACUGCUCGUCGUAUGUACGGCACUACGAUACAUAGCAACGGGAUAGCCCAAAAUAGGACGAUCCUAACACAAUCUUCUCUACUUAACAAAUACACAACUACAUUAUAUAUUUUUGCAAUGGAAGAAUUAAUUAAACAAAUGCAGAUAAAAAAACAACAACCUCACUUAUUUAAAUUCACAACCUAGUUUCCAAAUAUUCAUCCUACGAUGUCUCAGUCUUCAAUCUGAGUUUGAGCAUUAACAGCACAUGUUCCUUUUAAAGUAACAUUCACAAUUCCGUAUUUAUUUUAUUCUGUUGCAUCCAAAUACUUUGUUUUCAGAUAUUUUCAGUACUUAAUCUUCUGGCACAGCAAGCGGACAACACAUGCAAACACACACAACAAACAUCUACAGUUUAUCAUAAAUUUGGUCUCUAAAAUUACUAACUUCAGUAUGUAUAUAGAAAAAUUUACAUUUCACCACUAUUCUCACUAGCUCCACCUGAUGGAAGCAGACAAGUCAGUGCUACAACCCAGAAGACAGCCAUAUUUGUAUUCAUUGCCAUGAAAACCUCAAAUCCUACAACUUUUCAUAGUUUUGUCACACUCUGUUAUCUAGGUACAUAAUAGAAUUAACCUUCAUUCCAGGCAUUAUUCUCAUAUUCCUGACAUGUUUCUCGGAUAUCCGAGUUUAAUGUCCUCAGAAUUUCUUUCAUAGUUCAUAAUAAAACAGUCAUUUAGGGUGGUAACAGCUCUGCAACUAAUCGUCGUGCAGUACAAAUUGUCCUCUGUGACCUGACUAUGACUGCGCAGCUACUGACGAUAUCCGCAACCUGACAAUGCGACACAGCUAAUUUUCUAUUUAUAUGUACGCGCAGAUUGUAGUAAACAUCGGAAAAUAUCUACUCUGAAGGUUCUGAUGAAAGUGUAAUACAAUCUGCAUCGUUGGGUUUUUUGGACCUUGUCCAUCGUCUGAUGUUACGAAAUUACACGUAUCGAGGAUCGGAUCUGUCCUUGUCUUCAGGUGUGGCGAAGGGGAAGGGCACCUAUUCCGUGGGAUCCACCGAACUAAUCUCAAUCAAUGGACAGGUGCCUGAAAACGACGCCCUCAGGAAAUUAUCUGGAUGUACCAAGUACGAACCAAUGAGGAGUUUACGAUAUUACAUAAGGAACUUAAAAGGUUUAUACAGGUAACUAGUCCUGGGAGGAAAGUGAUAUGUAGAUUACGAAGUGCUGGGCACAAGGCUGCGAUGAGCAAGACAAAGAAUGCACAAAAAAUUUUGACAGAGAAACCUGUUCAAAAAUAUUUACUUCAAAGUCUAAAAUGAAGAUGGGACAAUGACAUGACCAUGAUUAUGAUGGAAACUGGUUGACAGGAUGGGUGAUGGAUGAAACUGGCUCAGGGUCACAGCCAAUGGCAGGUUUUGGUACUGGCACUGUUGAAUAUUUCGGCUCUGUUACCUCAGGGUUUGUGAGUUCAUGAAUGUAAUUAUUUACCGUGACUGACCCGAGUUUUAUAUGGAAAUUAUGCUGGUGUAUAUUUAAUACAGUUCACAAAAUGUUCAAUGUCCAACAUAUCUGAGAUGUAAUGAAGUAACAAUUUUUAUAAAGCUUCAGAGAAUCAAUUUGCUUCUUAAGAAAGUAUGUGAUGCAAUACAGAAUUUUCCGUGGCCGACAUAUGUCAUGUUUUUGAUACACUUGUUUUCGCAAAGAUUGUGGAUACUUCGAAACUUUUGUCAGCAGAUGUUAAAGACAAAUACUACAGCCAAAAUGUGUACAUUAACAGGCUUACAAUACACUAAGUGCCUUAACACAUUUGAAGAAUAUUUUUCUAUGUGACUUAAUCCACAUUUGCUUCACCGUUAAUGCAACACUGACAACAAAUCUAUAAACUGUAUAUGAAACAAUGGGAAUAUUAAAUGUCCAUGAAACAGAA